CAUCAUUAUAUUUCUAGUCCAUUAAACUAAAGAAAUUUGGGGGGCGUACGUAUAAGUUUACUAAAAAACAUACUUUAGUAGAUUUUUCAUUUUGUGUGGCUCUUUCAACUGUGAAACAUGGGGUGGAGUAUAUUUGUGUGGUGGGUCGCUCUUGGAUGUUUAUCUGUGAAAGUUUAUCCUCUCUCUGCUUUUUAUGAAGAGUGCCCUACAGCCUCUUCUUCUACACCAUUGUAUCGAUUAAAAUCAAGCAUUUUAUGCGAUUAUGACAGCUACCUCAGACCUGUCAAGGAUCAUCGAAAUGUAACUACGGUAUCUUUUAGGCUUGUGUUAAAAUAUUUUGAAUAUGACCACUUUAGUCAUACAUUGAGCGUAGAUGCGUGGUUUACUGCUUUUUGGUUAGACCAUCACUUAACAUGGAACCCAGACGAUUUUGAAGGAAUCAAGACUAUCCAUCUCUCCUCUUCGAAUGACAUUUGGGUGCCAGAUAUAUCAGUUUAUAACAGAAAAGACCAGUCAGUUGAACCUAAUGUAAUAGGACACACCACUUGUUCGGUGACAUAUAAAGGUAUUGUGCUGUGCGUACCUCCUGUACAUUUUGACACUCUAUGCGUACCCAAUUUGAAAAAAUACCCAUAUGACACACAAACUUGUACUAUAAGAUUUGGAUCGUGGGUUCAGAAGGGAGAAGAUUUAAAUAUUAGAGAGAUUAAACCUAUGGUGGAUACAGAGGACUUAGAAAAUAACGGAGAAUGGGAAUUGGUAUCUUUUAAAAGCAUUAGGCACAAGGGAGAUAACUAUACCUGUUGCCCUAACAGCACUUUCCCUUCAAUAGAGGUAUCUUUGGAAAUUAAAAGAAAUAGUCACACUCACUCUAUUAACCUUGUUUUGCCUCUACUUGUGUGUAUUUUACUGACUAUUACCACAAUGGCAAUGAAUCCAUCGAACAAAGAUCGAUUCAUCCUAAGUUGCGUAUCAUUUAUUAGUCAUAUCAUACAUGUCCAGAAUUUGUCUUACUCGUUGCCAAUUACUGGGGAAAACAUGCCAAGUAUUUUAACAAUAUCACGGGAUUCAACUCUGCUAACAGGAAUUAGUGUGGCAGUAACAGUUCUUCUCAGAAAUUUAAUGCAGAAUAAGAACAGUAGCCCGACUUGGAUGGCAUCUGCAACUUCGGUUUUAAUUGGCUCUCGACCUGGACAACUCAUUUUUUUGCCAGAUAAUUCUUUAAAGGGAGCGGCAGCGGCGCAAAAACAAGAAGAUGGCGAUACUAUUAUCAGCUCAAACAUAGAAAUCCCCGCAAGUGGAGCUUCUGACUGGCACAUUUUUGCUAAAUUUUUAGAUGUACUUUUGUUUGUUAGUUAUCUAUUGGUAUAUUUUAUUAUAUUAAUAAGGUUUUAAAUAAAGAUAAGACUAGAUCGGAUUAAUCCGAUUUUAUCUAA